AUGGCAUCCAAACAAGAAAUCAUGAGUGACCAACGGUUUAGGCGUGUUGCAAAGGACCCAAGAUUUUGGGAAAUGCCAGAAAAGGAUCGAAAAGUCAAAAUUGACAAGAGAUUUCGAGCAAUGUUUCAUGACAAAAAGUUCAAAUUGAAUUAUGCUGUGGAUAAAAGAGGACGUCCCAUCAACCACAGCACUACAGAGGACUUGAAACGUUUUUACGACCUUUCAGAUUCUGAUUCGGAUCUCUCUGAUGAGGAUAAUAAAACACUGAGUCAAAAGAAAAUGAAGAAAAAACCCCAGACUAUAAAUGAAGUAGAGUCAAAAAAUCUUGUUGAAGAUAAAAAGAAAAAAAACAAGAAAAUUUGUCAAAAAGGUUCUGGAAAUAAGAAUGAUUUAGAUAACUCUGAGAGAAUUCAGAAAAUGAAAACUUCAUGCAAAUCUAAGAAGAUAGACUCAGUAAGUCCUGAGAAAGAUAGCAAAGAAUUUACACAAAGAAGUACAAAAGGGGAAAAAAACACUGUUCAGCAUAGCACAGACUCGUUUCCCAAAGGACAACUAAGAACAGUAGACUCAGGCACCUCUGAGAUUGUUCAGUCUCCCAAGGUCAAAUAUUCUGAGGCAAGAAGAAGAAAAAUGCAAUCAGUGGUUCCAUUCAUAACGGCAAGAGACAGUGAUGGUCAUGAAGACUCAACAGGUGGUAAAAUGUUUGACAAAGAUGCUCUGGAGGAAGAUUCAGAAAGUGCUAGUGAAACAGGAAGUGAUGAAGAAUCUGAAGAUGAAAUUACAGGCAUUUGUAGGGCUGCUGCUGCUGAUCUUCAUAAUGAAGAAGAAGAAGAUGAUGAUGAUGAUGAUGAAAUUGAAAAUGAUGAGGAAGAUGAGGAUAGUGAGGAUAAUGAUGAAAGUGACAGUGGCCCUGAUCUUGCGAGGGGCAAAGGAAAUAUAGAAACCAGUUCUGAAGAUGAAGACGAUAUGGCAGAUUUACUUCCAGAGGAAUCUGGUUUUGAGCAUGCUUGGAGAGAAUUAGAUAAAGAUGCUCCUCGGGCUGAUGAGAUUACGUGUCGAUUAGCAGUUUGCAACAUGGACUGGGAUAGAUUGAAGGCAAAAGAUUUGCUGGCUUUGUUCAAUUCAUUUAAACCUAAAGGAGGUGUUAUAUUUUCUGUAAAGAUAUAUCCUUCGGAGUUUGGAAAGGAGAGGAUGAAGGAAGAACAUGUUCAAGGUCCAGUGGAGUUAUUAAGCAUUCCUGAAGAUGCUCCUGAAAAGGACUGGGCCUCUAGAGAAAAACUGAGAGAUUAUCAAUUCAAACGACUAAAAUACUAUUAUGCAGUAGUAGACUGUGAUUCUCCUGAAACAGCCGCUAAAAUUUAUGAGGAUUGUGAUGGCCUGGAAUUCGAAAGCAGUUGUUCAUUUGUAGAUCUAAGGUUUAUACCAGAUGAUAUUACUUUUGAUGAUGAGCCCAAGGAUGUAGCCUCAGAAGUGGAUUUAACAGCAUAUAAACCAAAAUAUUUCACAUCUGCUGCAAUGGGAACAUCAACGGUUGAGAUCACUUGGGAUGAGACUGAUCAUGAAAGAAUUACAACACUCAACAGGAAGUUUAAAAAGGAAGAACUUUUGGACAUGGAUUUUCAAGCCUAUUUAGCUUCUUCCAGUGAAGAUGAAGAGGAAAUAGAAGAAGAAGAACCACAAGGUGAUGAUGGAGUCAGUGUAGAAGAAGAUGGGAAAACAAAAAAAGGUCAGAAGGAUGAUGAAGAACAAAUUGCUAAAUAUAGGCAACUCUUACAAGUUAUUCAAGACAAAGAAAAGAAAGGCAAAGAAAAUGAUAUGGAGAUGGAAAUUAAGUGGGUUCCAGGCCUUAAAGAAAGUGCAGAAGAGAUGGUCAAAAACAAAUUGGAAGGAAAGGAUAAACUGACCCCUUGGGAACAAUUUUUAGAGAAGAAGAAAGAGAAAAAAAGACUGAAAAAGAAACAAAAGGCUCUUGCUGAAGAGGCCAGUGAAGAUGAUGUUCCCUCUGAUGUUGAUAUGAAUGACCCAUACUUUGCUGAAGAAGCUAGAAAAAUAGGUAUAAAAGAAAAGAAAAAAUCAACAAAAUCUGCAAAAGAUGACGUAACUCCAGAGGAAGAAGCUGAAAUAGAAAGACAAAAGGCUGAGAUGGCUUUGCUUGUGAUGGAUGAGGAGGAAGAGAGCAAGAAACACUUCAAUUAUAACAAGAUUGUGGAGCACCAGAAUCUGAGCAAAAAGAAGAAGAAACAGCUCAUGAAGAAGAAGGAAUUACUGGAGGAUGACUUUGAGGUCAAUGUUAAGGAUGCAAGGUUUCAGGCAAUGUAUACUUCCCACUUGUUCAAUUUGGAUCCUUCAGAUCCUAAUUUCAAGAAAACAAAAGCUAUGGAAAAAAUCCUUGAGGAGAAAGCCCGUCAGAGAGAACAAAAAGAGCAAGAACUUACUCAGGCAGUAAAGAAAAAGGAGAGUGAAAUUCAAAAGGAAUCACACAAGAGAUCCAUUGAUCCUGCCUUGUCAUUGUUGAUUAAAUCUGUAAAAAACAAAACAGAGCAGUUUCAAGCAAGAAAAAAGCAAAAAGUCAAAUAA